AUGUGCUACUAUGGCAGCUACUACGGAGGCCGCGGCUACGGCUGGGGCGGCUUCGGGGGCCUGGGCUGUGGCUAUGGCUCCGGCUGGGGCUGGGGAGGCCUUGGGGGCCUGGGCUGUGGCUAUGGCUACAGAAGCUAUGGCUGUGGCUGCUGGCGACCUCGUCUUGAACAGAAACACACUCCCCCUGACACCAUGAGCUACUAUGGCAGCUACUACGGAGGCCGUGGCUACGGCUGGGGCGGCUUCGGCGGCCUGGGCUGUGGCUAUGGCUCCGGCUGGGGCUGGGGAGGCCUUGGGGGCCUGGGCUGUGGCUAUGGUUACAGAAGCUAUGGCUGUGGCUGCUGGCCGCCGUCCUGCUGCGGGGGAUACGGAUACUCUGGCUUCUACUGA